ACCUCGGCCCGCAGCGUCCGCCGGCCCGCACCUCGGACCCCCCCGGCGGGGGCAGGCGCAGGAAGGGGGGGGCGGCCAGGGACGGGCUGGGGAGGGGGGGCCGCGCAGCCCCCCCGGGCCAGGCUGACUCCCGGGGCCUGAGCCCCCCCGGGCCAGCCCCCCCUCCCCCAGCUCCGCGGCCCGCCGGCGAGGGGGGGCCCAGCCCAGCCCCCUGGGGACCCCCGGAGACGUGGGGGGCAGCCGGGGGGGCCGGGACGCAGCGGUCGCCGGCCCCCACCGGAGGGACGGGGCGACCGGCCGCAGGGGGGGGGGGGCCGGGGGGCCGGUCGGGCCGGGGCCAAGGGCACCAUGUCGUCCGGGGCCAAGGAGGGAGGCGGGGUCUCCCCAGCCUACCAUCUCCCCCACCCUCACCCACACCCACCCCAGCACGCCCAAUAUGUGGGCCCCUAUCGGCUGGAGAAGACGCUGGGCAAAGGACAGACAGGAUUGGUUAAACUCGGGGUCCACUGCAUCACGGGUCAGAAGGUCGCCAUCAAGAUCGUGAACAGGGAGAAGUUGUCUGAGUCGGUGCUGAUGAAGGUGGAGCGGGAGAUCGCCAUCCUGAAGCUCAUUGAGCACCCUCACGUCCUCAAGCUCCAUGAUGUCUACGAGAACAAGAAAUAUUUGUACCUGGUUCUGGAGCAUGUUUCUGGGGGUGAGCUGUUUGACUACCUGGUAAAGAAGGGGAGACUGACCCCCAAGGAGGCCCGGAAGUUCUUCCGCCAGAUCGUGUCGGCGCUGGACUUCUGCCAUAGCUACUCCAUCUGCCACAGAGACCUGAAGCCCGAGAACCUGCUCCUGGACGAGAAGAACAACAUUCGCAUUGCAGACUUCGGCAUGGCGUCCCUGCAGGUGGGGGACAGCCUCCUGGAGACCAGCUGCGGGUCCCCCCACUAUGCAUGUCCAGAGGUGAUUAAGGGGGAAAAGUACGAUGGCCGGCGGGCAGACAUGUGGAGCUGCGGAGUCAUCCUCUUCGCCCUGCUGGUGGGGGCUCUGCCGUUUGACGACGACAACCUCCGCCAGCUGCUGGAGAAGGUGAAACGAGGCGUCUUCCACAUGCCCCACUUCAUUCCUCCGGACUGCCAGAGCCUCCUGAGAGGGAUGAUCGAGGUGGAGCCAGAAAAGAGGCUCAGCCUGGAGCAAAUUCAGAAGCAUCCUUGGUACCUGGGCGGGAAACACGAGCCAGACCCCUGCCUGGAGCCCGCCCCGGGCCGCCGGGUGGCCAUGCGGAGCCUGCCGUCCAACGGAGAGCUGGACCCCGACGUCCUGGAGAGCAUGGCGUCCCUGGGCUGCUUCCGGGACCGCGAGCGGCUGCACCGCGAGCUGCGGAGCGAGGAGGAGAACCAAGAAAAGAUGAUAUAUUAUCUGCUGUUGGAUCGGAAGGAGCGGUAUCCCAGCUGUGAGGACCAGGACCUGCCCCCCCGGAAUGAUGUCGACCCGCCCCGGAAGCGGGUGGACUCCCCCAUGCUGAGCCGCCAUGGGAAGCGACGGCCAGAGCGCAAGUCCAUGGAAGUCUUGAGCAUCACGGAUGCAGGGGGCGGCGGCUCGCCCGUGGCCACCCGGCGGGCCUUGGAGAUGGCCCAGCACAGCCAGAGGUCCCGUAGCGUCAGUGGAGCCUCCACUGGUCUGUCCUCCAGUCCUCUGAGCAGCCCAAGGAGUCCGGUCUUUUCCUUCUCGCCGGAACCAGGGGCUGGAGAUGAGGCCCGGGCCGGGGGCUCCCCGACUUCAAAAACGCAGACGCUGCCUUCUCGGGGCCCCAGGGGUGGGGGCUCGGGGGAGCAGCCCCCACCCCCCAGUGCCCGCUCCACGCCCCUGCCUGGACCCCCAGGUUCCCCGCGCUCCUCCGGGGGGACCCCUUUGCACUCGCCUCUGCACACGCCCCGGGCCAGCCCCACUGGGACCCCGGGGACAACGCCACCCCCCAGUCCAGGCGGAGGCGUCGGGGGAGCCGCCUGGAGGAGUCGUCUCAACUCCAUCCGCAACAGCUUCCUGGGCUCCCCUCGCUUUCACCGGCGCAAGAUGCAGGUCCCCACCGCCGAGGAGAUGUCCAGUUUGACGCCAGAGUCCUCUCCGGAGCUGGCAAAACGCUCCUGGUUUGGGAACUUCAUCUCCUUGGACAAAGAAGAACAAAUAUUCCUUGUGCUAAAGGACAAACCUCUCAGCAGCAUCAAAGCGGACAUUGUCCAUGCCUUCCUGUCGGUGAGGGACCUGGGUCCCCCGCUGACCCUGGACACCCCCGGACUGUCUCCUGGGGCUCAUGGGAUCCCCAGCCUGAGUCACAGUGUGCUGUCACAGACCAGCUUCAGGGCCGAGUACAAGGCCAGCGGCGGCCCCUCCGUCUUCCAGAAGCCCGUCCGCUUCCAGGUGGACAUCACCUCCUCCGAGGGUCCCGAGCCCUCCCCCCGGCGGGAUGGCAGCAGUGGCGGGGGCAUCUACUCCGUCACCUUCACGCUCAUCUCCGGUCCCAGCCGUCGGUUCAAGCGAGUGGUGGAAACCAUCCAGGCCCAGCUGCUGAGCACCCACGACCAGCCCUCCGUGCAGGCCCUGGCAGAUGAGAAGAACGGAGUCCAGACCCGGCCUGCUGGGCCCCCGCCCCGAAGCCUGCAGCCCCCGCCCGGCCGCGCAGACCCAGAGCUAAGCAGCUCCCCCCGCCGAGGCCCCCCCAAGGACAAGAAGCUCCUGGCCACUAAUGGGACCUCUUUGCCCUGACCCCAGGGGCUGGGGAGGGAGGGGAACCCCCUCCACCCCCCUUCCCUGCCCCCCAACUGUGAAUCUGUAAAUAGGGCCCAAGGAAUCAUUUUUGCGGGGGGAGACACAAAAACCGGCCUUGCCCUGCAGGGAUGGGGCUCGAGGGGCCGUGCCCAAUGGGGGGGAGGUGUCU